GUACCAUUUAUGUGCUUCCCAUUUUACUCACAACACGUAGACAGCACGCCCUUGGCAGCAUCACAACUACUUGCUCUUCUCCUUACAUCCGCACCCUCUACUAUUGUUAGACUUCUUCUUCCUUAUCAGGCCACUACUUUCAGUGCCCACCAUGAGUGUUCAGAAGAUCAUGGAAGGAUUGGCGUUGACUGCGUCUUGGCUCACGCCGGCAAACGUGACGCAGCGGCCACAGGCACAGAACUAUGUUCUCCCUCCACCUCUUGUCCAAGGACCAGCCAUCUACCAUGACCAUGUAGCCUCUAACGGUCUGGGCAGCGUCCAAGUCCAUGGACCGAACGCGACAUCGUAUGAGGGCUGGUAUUUCGAUGCUGUGUCUACUGACCUCACCAAGGCCAUCACGUUUGGGCCCUUUCUAUUCUACGGCGAAGCGAACCCGCUGUCGCUCAAACUGAGUAUCUCUCACGAGGACGGCAGCUUUGACCAGUUCAGCAUCCCGGGCGACAAGCUCUAUGUGUCGUCCCUCGGCUCUGGAAGCUCUGCCGUGGCCUCGGACGGCUCGUACGCCUGGUACGGGUCUCCCGACCUGAGCCACUACAGGAUCACAGUGGACCUACCCGAAGAAGACAUCUCGGGAGAGAUCGAGCUGCGUUCGGUCGCCCCUCCCCAGACCCCUUGCAGCGAUGGGGCGCCAGGUGCCUCAUUUGGCCUCAACUGGGACCUCAACUGGGUGAAUCCCAUUCCCGACGCGCAGGCGACGGUCAACCUGAAGGUUCGCGGGAAGCCGUAUGCAUUCUCGGGUACGGGCUACCAUGACAAGAACUUCGGCCCGUACAACUUCAUCUUCAACCUGGACCAGUGGUACUGGGGCCGCGGCCGCGCCGGGGACCUGUCAGUUGUCUGGUUCGAGCACGUCGACAAGCAGGGCAAGUCCUCGGCCAACGCGUACCUAGCCCAGGGCAACCGCAUCCUCCAUUCUGUGUGCUCCGGAGUCAGCGUUCGGCCGUUUGGGAAGGAUGUGGUGUUCCCCGUUCCCCUGGGUUCCGAAGCUGUGGUUGACGGCUUUACCAUUAACAUCGACACGGGCUCGGCCGGGACGUAUCAGUUCAACGCCACAGUAGCCAAGAAAAUCGAUGGGGGGCCCGGUCUGGCCAGAUGGGUUGGGACACUGGAGGGAGGCCUUGUCGGAGGAGAGACCGCGUCCGGGCCCGCGCUCUGGGAUAUGAUCGGCCCCAUUCCAUCCUUCUAGAUGAUCUCGCACGUUCUCCAUACCAGGUGGAUCGUAGCCCAUAUCGUACAAUCAUGAAUGAUGUACAAGCUUAGAUGUUAAUUAUAGCCUGAUUGGUUUCAUUGGUUGAAUGAUCUUGUAAUGGUAUCACUCAUUGACAUCGAUUGGAGAUUUUCCACCGAUGACCCGCAUCCGAGGACGCAUUGUAACGAGAUAUGAGGACUUACACAAU